AUGAGCAGCAUUAGCCCUAAAUGUCAAAAUUUAAAAGAAGAAUAUGACAGUUGUUUUAAUCACUGGUUUUCAGAAAAUUAUUUAAAAGGUGACACAACAGAUAAAUGUAACGAAUUAUUUACUCAAUAUCAACGAUGUAUUAAGGAAGCAAUCAAAGAACACAAAAUACAAUUAUGGGAACUUGAGCAAGAUUCAUCUGUUCCAACGGUUAAUCAAUCAUCCAGUGGAACGCGAACUGCUGGUAAUCAAUCGAGAUACUUCAAUGAUCGUUCAUCAUCCAGUUCAUCUCAAAGAAAUCAUGAUCGCUCCUUGUUAUACUCCAAUGAUAUGACACAUGAUAAUAAUGCAUUUAUCAACAAUAACAACAGUGAUAAAGAAGAUAAGAAACUAAAUCGACAAUCAUUAUGCAAUUCACUUUUGACGGCGACCACUAUCUCAGAUACUCUCGAUUGCACCGUUCAUAACGACAUAGCAUUGGAAAUUAUGAAUGAAGAAAGAACAAGUAUCUCAGAAAAACGUAAUGAGAAUUUUACUAAGAAACAAGCAAAUGAUACUUCAUCUAGUCGUUAUCGUGAAUCGAGAAAACGUCCAGCUUCACCAUCUUAUCGUUCGUCAACAAAUCAGUUACAUAGUGAAAAUGAAGUCCUGUCAAUCCUCAAUGGAAAUACGAAGCCGUUUAUUUUAAAAAAAGAUAAUCAAUUACACGUUAAGAAAACCAACGACAAAUUGUUGAUAGCACCAACUUCACCAUGUUCAAUAGUGCAAAAAAAUGAACAGUUGUCAACAACAUCAACUUCAGUACCGCAUAUGUUUUCUCUACCAAUUGAAACGUCACCACCAAUUAUAAAAGAUGUAGAAGCGCUUGACGUAACAAUGCUGGAUUUAGUUUCUACAUUAAAAUCAUUACAAUCGAAUCCACCGGCCACCGUUUCCGAAGCGAACAAGCUUAUGAAUAAAAAACAAUCUUCAUCAAAUGUUGUCAACGAUAUAAAUUCAUUAGACAAAGACAUUUAUGAAUUAAUUCAACGUCAGUUAACUAUUCAUCGAAAACAUUUGGAACAUAAAGAACGGGAAGUGGCAUUGAAAGAAAUGGAAUUAAUUCAACGUGAAAAACAAUUCAAUGAUCGUCUUAAACAACGAACGACAGCAACAUCACCAUUAAGAAAUGAAUUAUCGUCGUCAUUGAUAGUGACUGAAAAUGAAAAGGUAAAACAAAUAUCGUCACCAUCACGAAAAGCAAAAACAACAACUGUCACAAAUAAUACCAAUCAACUCACAGAAAAUAUAGAGCCAAAAACCAGUAAAAAUGAAAAUAUUAUUGUGUCUAAUCAAGAUGAGAAGAAUAAAACAAAGAUAGCAGAAACCCAGUUGUCAGUACUAGAGGGUGGAAAAAUUACGAAAACUAAACCAACAGUUUCGAAUGCCGAAGAAAAAAUGGAUUCGUUACAAGUUUCAUUCCCAAAUGAAACCAUAAGACUAAAACCUACCAUCGAAAAAGUUCCAGCUCAUUUAAGAAAAUCCAGGUUAAAUGAUAUUUCAACAGCGUCAUCACCUCAACCAGUUCGAUCGAAUAUAAAAUCACGUUCAAGAGCAACAAUAUUAGAUGCAACAGUGUUUGCUUCGACGUUUCCGAUACCUGACUUAUAUUCUGAAGAAGAUAUAAAAUUAGUGCCACAACAAUCACCAAAUAACGAAAACCCAACGCUUUUAUCAGUUGAAUCGGUGACGGGAUCUAGACGCAAAGUAGAAUUUAUUAGGAAUAAAUCGCAAGAACAACUACAAUCAACACCAAUUCUACGAACAACAUCAAAUGAAGUAUCACUUGAUGAUGAAACAAUUGCAAUAACAACAACGAUACCUGUUGUUGAUCUACGUUUAACGUUGGAAAAAAAUAGAAAACGUAUCCAAGAAGAACAACCAGUUCCUGAUACACCUUCAAUAGUAAAAGAUGAAACGCCAAUUGACGAAAAUCAAGUAUUAUUGACAAAAAUUUUAAGUGUUGAGUCCAAGUUUGAUCAAGGAGAGAAUAUGGAGGAAGUUGAAGAGGAAUUAAUGGUUACAUCGAAAAAACCAAUGAAAUCAAUUGACUCCAAAGAUGAUCAACGGCGAUCUAAACGUCAGUCGCGAUUUAGUUCACAUUAUUCAUCUACAAGACAACAGCACAGUAAAGAUUAUGUAAGAAAUGUUACAUCGGAAAAAACAAAACAACAUUAUUCAACAAACCACAUACCAACAAACACAAUGUAUUCGUCUGAUCAUCUCUCUGUUCCACAUGCUAAUCGAAUGCAUCCAUACGAACUACAACAAUAUAUAGACAUGGCUCAUUCAAAGCAUCAUCCACGACCGAAUACGGAUGAGACAGAUGCUGAUCUUCGUGCAAGAUUAUAUCAUCAACGACAACGAUCGAAUAUGAAAAAUAAACAGAAGUUAAUUAUUAUGUCAUUGUCAGACGAAGAAUUUCAACGUUUUCAGAAUCAAUUAGUUGAAUUAAAAACAAAAAAUUAUCAACUAGAAGAACAAAAUAAAAAAAUUUCAGAUGAAAACACACACCUUCGAACACAAAUUGAAAAUAUAGACAAAGAUAGUAUAAGACUUCCAACUAAAGUAAAAAAUUUAUCUUGUUCAUAUAUAGAAUUAUGGUAA